GGAAAUUUGCGAAGAUGUUAGUUGAUUAGUUAGGCGAUGACAUAAACGAACCCUAUGCUAUCGGCUUCAUCAUAUAAUACUAACCUCUCUUACCUUUCAAUUGUGUCGUCUCUUCUCUUUCCUGAAUCCAAAGCCCUAGAUUCCAUCAAUCAAGUCUUUUGGCAGUGAAACUUCGAUGGCUGAAGUUGAUCAGAAUAACUCCGGUGAACAUGGCGAGGAGCAAACAAUUGAGAACUCAGAGGUGGCGGAAGGGCACGGUGAGGAGGUGGUGCUGGCCGAGAAGAGAUGGCCGGGGUGGCCUGGGGAGAGUGUGUUUCGUAUGUUAGUUCCUGCACAGAAGGUUGGGGGUAUAAUUGGGCGUAAAGGAGAGUUCAUUAAGAAAAUUGUGGAGGAGACACGAGCUCGCGUUAAGAUUCUCGAUGGUCCUCCAGGAACUGCAGAAAGGGCUGUAAUGGUAUCAGCUAAAGAGGAGCCUGAUUCUUCUCUUCCUCCUGCUGUUGAUGGGUUGCUGAGGGUUCAUAAGCGGAUUAUUGAUGGUUUAGAGAGUGAUUUUACUCAUGCUCCUUCAGGCAUGGCUGGGAAGGUUUCAACAAAACUACUAGUGGCCGCUUCACAAGCAGGAAGUUUAAUUGGGAAACAAGGAGGAACUGUAAAAUCUAUCCAAGAAGCCUCAAAUUGUAUUGUUAGAGUUCUUGGAGCAGAAGACCUGCCUAUUUUUGCUCUUCAAGAUGACAGGGUGGUAGAAGUAGUAGGGGAUCCUGCCGGAGUGCAUAAGGCAAUUGAGUUAAUUGCCUCCCAGCUAAGGAAGUUUUUAGUUGAUCGCAGUGUAAUACCAAUUUUUGAAAUGAAUAUGCAAAUGGCUAACCCCCAUCAUGUGGAGCACAUGCCACCCCACCAAUCAUGGGUUCCACCUCAGGGUCUUCCUCCAAAUGCUGGUGGAGGUCCUGGUUUUGGACCUACUUCUCAAUACAUGCCACCUCCACGACAACUUGAUAGUUAUUAUCCACCUGCCGAAAUUCCUCCUCCAGUGGACAAACAGCCCCAUCACGGUAUAUCUACCUAUGGCAGAGAUGCUUCAGUACCUCAUGCAUCCUCAAAUACCCAAUCUGCACCUUCCGUAGUCACACAGAUCACACAGCAAAUGCAAAUUCCUCUCUCUUAUGCUGAUGCUGUUAUUGGAACAGCUGGAACAAGUAUAAGCUACAUCAGACGAGCUAGUGGGGCUACUGUUACCAUACAAGAAACACGAGGUGUUCCUGGGGAGAUGACAGUUGAAAUCAGUGGAACGGCUUCUCAAGUCCAAACAGCACAGCAACUGAUACAGAAUUUUAUGGCUGAAGCUGCAGCCCCAGCGCAGUCACAAGCGGGCGGGCCUGCUGCAGACCAAGGAUACAAUUCUUACCCUACUCAUGGAUCUGUCUAUGCGUCUCCACCUUCUAAUCCAGGGCAUGGUGGAGGCUAUGGCUCGGUUUAUGGUGCAAACUAUGGGUUCUAAGCUGGGCAGUGCAGCUAAAGUUGCCAUUGUUUAAAUGUAAAAUGCUAGUAACAGAUUGAAUGUAAUAAUUUGAUAAAUAAUAGAUUUUUGUUUAACCCUUGUGUUCUGUUUGUGCUGAUAAUCAUUUGAAAAGGUUAAACAGAUUAUUCGUGGCCUUCAAUGUGUUAUUUACUUUUUAGAUGAUUCUAUCUAGUUUGUGUGCUUAUGCCC